AAUAAAUUUCAAAACUAAAAAUAAUUUGAUUUGAAUUAAAUAAUUGAUUUUCUGAUUCCUUUUAUUAUCACAGCAGUCUGCUUGACCUCCAGCCGCUGUAUCAGGUGUGGUUCUCUUCGUCUACAAUUAUUGAAACAUACUAGCUCUGGAUCAACUUCAACAAAAUACAAUUAUCUGAGCAUCUACGAAGGCAACAUUGUCUUCUAAGGAGUUAUCCAUCAAGAUACAGAUAACAUCUUGUACCCUUUGGCAGUUGAAAAAAGGUUUCCAUGUUCACCAUUUUGGUCAUGUGAUACUUUCCUAAAUGGCAUUGAAAAACAAGCAGGACAAUCAACCAAUCUUGGAAGGUGACGACAUCUCCCCCUACACGCAACUGGAUGAAUCCUUAAAGCAAAAGAUGCUAUCGAAAAUAGUUUCAUUCCAAGGGGAGAAUGAAACUGUUGGGCGUUUAGUUGGAACCAAAGCAGAAGCUGUAUUGGAUUCCUUAGAAGAGCUUCUACGUCCUGAAGGAGGAAAAAUCAUCAUUCCAUCGUUCGAGUCAUCCCGUUUCGAGAAAUCCAUUUACAUCAAGAGACGGGUGAAAUUUGCAUUUGGCAAAUCUUGUAAUUUGCACGAACGUUUCAUCGCUGACCUAGCCAAGCGUUUGAAAUGCACUGUGGAAAACCUAAACAGGGAAUGUAGAAUCAGUUCGCAGGGCCAAAUCGAGUGGUUGGUCGAUGACAAGCGCCGCAAACAAAUUUGGGAAAAAAUAAAACAAAUGAACGACCAAACGUCAGGAAAAAUUGAAGAAGACAGCCAUAUAAUUCAGUUUGACGAGGAGCUGGAUCAGCAGCCGGUUGUCAUCAUCUGUGGCUUGGCUGGAGCCGGCAAAUCGACUCUCCUCUCCCACUACUACAGUGAAAUAAAGAAGAAGAAGCCUGACUGUUGGGUUAUCAGAUUGAAUUUAGCUGAACAUUGUGACGUCAUAUUGAAACUCGAUAGUAGCAAACCUGACUUGAUUGGAUUCCUCAUCAAUCAUCUACAUGUCAUCAACCGUAAAUGCCCGUUUACUCGCUCGUUGCUGAAUCACCGGUUGGAGACGGGUGAGCAGAUCGUUUUCAUGUUUGAUGGUUACGAUGAAAUCGAUGAAAAAUGCCAGGAAAUUGCGGUUAAGCUAAUGAAGUUUAUUCAAGAGAAGAAGAGUAUUCCACUGUUCGUUACCACCCGUCCCUACUUGGCCCACCAUCUGCAAUACGAAUUAUGUCAGUUGGCUUAUUAUUUGGAAAACUUUGACGUAAAAGACCAGAUCGAUUACCUGACCAGUUAUUGGACGAAUGAACCUCCACCGUUGAAAGCUGGACCCAUCAAGGAUUUUGCCGUUGCGCUGAUGGAAGGUGUGUCAGAGAGUCUGAAAGACAAAGAAAGAGCUUUCAUCGGAAUCCCGUUGCAAUGCAGAAUUCUCGCCGAAUGCUACCAGAAAAAUGUUGGCGACAUUAUGGAAAGCAAUGCUGUGAAUGACGUAACAUUCCAAUCUGACGAAUUGGUAUCCCAAAAACUGUUGGCAUUACUUGACGAUCAGAAAUUCGAUUUAGUUAGUCUGUACAGCAAAUUGAUGGACACAAAACGCAACAUGUUUCUACAAGAAAAAAGCAAAACCUGCCCCAAUCUGAAUGUGGCCGUUGAUAUGAAGAAUAUGAUAAAGAAAAUCGAGUUUCGAUUAACCAAAUUGGCAGUCGAAACGAUCAUCCCAGAACCAAGUAUCCUUGAAAUGCUUAGGCCAACGAAAUAUCGGCACAAACCCAGCGAUGAUGUGGCUCAAGAAGAAAAGAGUCUUGCCUUCAACAGUCUGAAAUUUGGGUUCGUAUUUUCGAAUGGAGAUGUAAUGCGACCUAAAUUCUUGCAUCGGACGUUUGCCGAGUAUUUCGUCGCCAAAUAUCUUUACGAAGGAUUUCAUCCCGAUGAGGAACGUCACAACAAGCUGCUGGAAAAUGAAUCCAUUCGAAAAUUAAUUCUUAACAAAAUCUUGGCCUUGAAGCAAUACGACGGAGUUCAAAUGUUUUUCGAUGGCAUGGUGAAGGUUUUGGUCGAUGAGGAUGAAGAAUGGCGUCGUUUAAUUGUCUGUCAUCAACUACCGGAUCGCCUAAAAAAAUUGUCUAAAUAUCUGUUUACUCAGUUUCUUCGCAAUUAUCCUCCGCUUUGUGGAUUCGGCGAGAUAGCUUCCCAACCUUACUUUACGAACGCCCUCCAUUUUUCACUUUCGAAUAGGAAAGGGAACACAUUCCUAUUGUUGUGUGACUGUCUCGAUGCCACAUUUCAUAGACGUCAAGUCCGCUGGGCAAUGUGUACCAUUUUUAUGUCGCCUUUCCGUUUCAUUUCGGACGCCGUUUUUGAAGAAAGCAAGAUCUUUAAACGAUUCAUCAAUGAUUUCGACAUCAAUCCAAACGACCCCGCUAUGUACUGUGUUAUAGACAAGCUUAUAGGAGGCAUGGUGCCAUAUAAUUCUGCUUACUUAAUCGAAAGAAGUUCUAUCGGUAAGCGAGACGGGCACCAGCAAAAGAUGAAUGACAUACUUCAAUUUUUGGAAAACCAGCACAUCGCUUUCGACAAUUAUUUAUGUCAACACUAUUUACGCGGAAUGCAACGAAUUUUGGAAUUUCUUAUUUGCCAUGACAACUACCGUAGUCAUCUGGAAAGAUUUCUGAAGAUGUUGUCCAAAUCGAAAGCUUAUUCGGACGAUUCGAAUUUAACCGAAUUGUUAAUUGAAGUUUUCCGGUCUAAAGAUCAACGGAUGACUGCGCGAAUUGACGAAACGCUGAAGAUUUUACAAGAACUAGGACGGUCCACUUUUCUCGCUCAAUUUUACACCGCCCUUUUAUUAAAAGAUCCGGAAGUAUUUCAGAAUAUUUACCAACCGUGCCGACUAGAAAAAGACGAGGGGACUCAGAUCGACCGCAACAGAUUGUUGGAAAGGGAUUCUUACGGCAUGACUCUUCUUCACGGAGCAGCCUUCUACGAUGACGUCGACAUAGUCGGUCAAAUAUUAGCAAGAUUUAGCCGGCCAUUUCUCCACAUAAGAGCUAAACAAGCAAUUCGCAAGGUGGUGCUUGAGGGUUACACUCCGUUUUUCUUCGCCGCUGCUAAAAAUCACGAGCAAGUCUGUUUCAAACUGUUGGUCUUUGUGAAAGAAUUUUUUCCCGACGCACUGGCGGAGUUAACUGAGCUGAACGCUUUCAUUCACCGGUCACUUGAUCACGCCAUGAAAUCGGAAAAUGCUGAAAUGUUUCAACUGAUACUGAAAGUCGUCAAGAAAGAACUAGGACGUGAUUACCUCCUCGACCUGUUCACAACCACACAUCCAUUUCCAUGUAUGUUCUACAAUGGCUGCCGGUCGGACAAAUUAUUCAACGCCAUGGCGAAGACCAUCGUCGAUCGAGAUGGUGUUGUAGACUACAAGUGUCUGCAUGACAUGAUUUUUUCCAAUAACAGAAUAGAAAGGGAUGCUUUACGAUGCAUGGAUGCCGAACAUCUGCAGGGAUUGUUAUCAGUAGAAGCGGCUGGUCCCUUCACGAAGCGUUUGCUUACGGAUGGCCUAGAAGAGAAUUUUGAACUGUUGUCAAGUCUGUUAAAGAAUUUUAACGAAACACAACUCUUGGAUUUCGUCGAAGUGAUUACUUUUAAAGGUAAUACCAAAAUAGAAAGAAGUAAAUGGACCUAUAUGUUUCAUGUUGAUAGUGAUCCAGUGUAUCACAAAAGGCAUAUCCAACACCUUCGGGAGAAAUAUGCCCCCAACGAUUUAGUUUUCACGCCGAGUGAUAACGGAAUCACAGCCGUUCACGUCGAACAAAUUGUGCCAAAGAACAGCUUUUGGGAGACUUCCUACAAUCGACGAUCAUCGGUUUAACUGAUGGUUAUCUGUCUCGAAAAGACAACCAGUGCAUUUUCGAGUGUUUGACUUGCGUAUCGGAUAAACUCGGAGAUAACUACGUUAAAGAACUUUUGCUCCUCCAAGACGAUUAUGGCUACGUUGUUCGUCAUCUGUCGCAAGAGACCGUCAAACGCAUGUUGAACUACUUACGAGAAAAAAGCCAAGAGGAAAUUAAAAUGGAGUGGAAGGAAAAUGCUCCGCCAGUGACACACGACUCGUUCAUCAUUCACUAUUCUAGGUAUGACGACAGUCCUUACCAAGUCGUAAGACAUAACUGUGACGUCUUACGAUUUUACUUGGAUUAUGGCAGCCAGGUGCAACUCUUCGAAUGCGUUGAUAUUCUCACAUCGACAUAUCGUUCCUUUGGUUGGCAUGGCAGAGAGCGCAGUGUAUGGAGUGACAUCUUUGAAAUUUAUAACGAAACCGUUACGAACGAAAUAUUCAAAUUGGUGUCUGGAAUUUGCGGUUGGGAGGCCGUGAAAAUGUUGCUGAUUCAUCGAAUUGAUGGAUUACCUUUCAUACUGAAAGCUGUGUCGUUGGGAGAUGACAUUGACGGACGGCUGGACAUGUUGCCACAAGAAAUACGAAAGGACGUUCAACAAGUGAUUGAAACAAAAGCUGCCGAGUUCAUUGAUCAAGUGUUUCGAGAUCACGAAACUUAUUUUAAAGCACCGAGAAAUCGACCUUACAAACGAUUGAACACUUUGAUAUUUUUAAUCAACUACAGCAAUGCUCAGCAACUUGAACAACUCGUCGGAAACAUCACGAAGUUGCAGGGUUCUGGGGAUUGGGGGAGAGGCUAAGCAUAUGGGCUGAGAUGCUAACCCACCGAUGCGGCGAAGCCCAAAUGGACGACGUUGAGAAAAUGAACACAUUUUUGAAAUGCGUUUCGGAGAAACUGGGCACAGAUGCCGUGAAAAAAUUGGUGCUCUACAAAAUCAAAGAAAAGCCCGUCCUAUACUAUCCUGCGCUAAGAGGAGAGGAGAAGAUGGUUGAGGCGAUGCUCGCCCAUUUGGAUGCCAAAAAUCGCAAAAAGAUUCAACGCCAAGUCAACGAGUUUCUAAACAAAACUUUCCAGGCCCCGCCCUAUGGUGUUAUAACUAAUGCCAUGAAAGCAGCAUUUGAGCGUUUGUUAUCGAGAUUUAACCCACCAAUCCGACAUCAUGAUGAAUCAAUACAAAUGGGUUUGCUUUAGCUAA